UCAACACAUCAAGACAGCCACGAGCAUCGAGGAAAUUGGCGCGAUGGAACCAUCAGCUUGUGAAGAUCUAAAGGCAUUCGAGCGGCGACUCACCGAAGUGGUUUCAUCCUACAGGCCAUCCACGCUCCGCUGGCGUCUUAUACUAUCCGCAUUAUCAGUGUGCACGGCAAUAAGCGCUUGGUAUUGGCUCAAAGAUCCUCGGACUACAGUUGUGCCAUUGACGGAAUCAUUAUGGAUCCAUCCGAUCUUCACGGUGGCCACAGUCACGUUGAUUGUGCUCUUCAUACUGGGCAUUCAGAAGCUGGUGGUCGCGCCACAGAUAAUCACGUCGCGCACACGCACUGUGCUCACAGACUUUGCCCUCGAUCUGGAGCCACACACUGGCAAAUUGAUACUGAAGCCCCGCCAAAGCAAUAACAACGGAAACACAUGAGAACCUUCUUGUUUGUGAGGCACCACAUUGAUCGAUCGAUUUAGUUAAUAAUUAACAUAACUUAACAAACAUUUAAAAGCCUUGCCCCCUAAUGACGAUGCAUACUUCCAAGACGAGAUGGCUUAUUCGCAUCGGAGAAAGAAAGAAAAAAAUAAGAAACCAAUUUAGUUUAAUUCAAUAAUAUACAAUUACAAUUAAAAUCUUAAGUACGUGUACCUUUCAUGAUUUGGUUAAAUUAUAUAGAAGCUCCUCCAUUGUACAAAA